AGGAGGGUCCAUUCACGCGAGAUCGGUGUCAAACAAUCCGCGUUUUGUCUCGCUGCUCACAGUUUACGCAGCGGCGAUAAGAUAGCGCGAAUUCAAAUUAUUAUUCAGCAAUACAUCAACGAGGACCGUUAUCGUUCGACACAUUGACGAAAGUGCGCGGCGUAAUCAGCGGCUCAGUGUGACAACAGAUUUAGAUCGGGAAAGAACUUUAUUGCUGUGUAUUAUUAGGAUUGAAAAAGUGAAAAAUGCAUCAGCCGUUUCCAACAACAGUGGAGGAUUUCCCCGACAAGGCGGUGGAUUUCCAAAUCGAUAUGGUGCUGGUUUACAGCACUGCAAAUUCUGAUAACGAGAAAAUCAAGGCGAGAGACACGUUUGAAGGAAAUCUUAAACAGGCUGGACUUCGUUUGAACCAUGAGUCUGGAAAGGGCAUCACCAAGGAGAAUGACGUCGUGUUUGUCAAAAUCCACGCUCCUGGCAGGGUUUUAUUCCAGCAGGCAGAACUGUUGGGACUGAAAAAGUCCGUCGUUUUGCCGAAUACGCUGAAUAAGCUGCAGAAAAGAAAAGUCACGCCGAAGUUCAUGAAGCCGAAAUUAAAUUCAGGCGGCGAGCCUCGCUGCCUCAAAGCCACGUUCAGAGAAGACAUGAGCGAUUUGUUUGGCGGUGAUGUGAAACCAGAAAGCGUGUUUUCGGCGUCGGAAAGGGCGGAUAUGGUGUGGAAUAUUUUGCGGAGGACGCAGUACGGAGAGAAUGAAGAAGACAUCGGAAUCAGGCAGCUGAUCAGCAGGGAAUGCUACACGGCGGCUUACCCACUUCACGACGGGCCGUACGGUGUGAAUGCCACCUGUUCAAAUGACCGGAAGGAUCUGUAUCAAGAAUGGGCCAGGGUUCAGGCCUGGUACAAGGUGCAGCCGCUCGACAAAAUCCGCGAGUAUUUCGGCGACGAGGUGGCUCUGUAUUUCGUCUGGCUCGGCUUCUACACCCAAAUGCUGAUUCCGGCCUCGAUCGUGGGCCUCAUCUGUUUCAUUUACGGCCUGGCAACCAUGGGCAGCGACACGCUCAACACGGCAAGCAAAGAAAUCUGCAAUAAAACUGGCGUUGGAGGUCUUUACAUGUGUCCAAAAUGCUUGAAUGGUGCGUGCGGCUACCAAGAACUGAGCAAUUCGUGUUUUUACUCGCGCCUCACGCACGUUUUCGACAACACUUCCACCGUAAUUUUCGCUGUCUUCAUGUCCUUUUGGGCAACCAUGUUUCUCGAGUUGUGGAAGAGAAAGCAGGCGCGAUUGGUGCAAAAGUGGGGCCUGACAGACUCCCAAAUGGACAUGGAACCAAGGCCGGAGUUCGUGGCUUCGGUGCAGACGACUCGUCCAAAUAAAUUUACAGGACUGCCCGAACCGUACAUUCCGUUUUGGAACAAAGUUGUGCGCAUCUUUACCACCAUUUCUGGAGUUACCUUCAUGAUCCUCGUGGUUUUGAGCGCAAUUGUCGGCGUCAUAAUUUACAGAGUGGCGAUAGUGGCCGCCUUUUAUGACAGCGGGGAUGAAUUCUUGCAGCAAAACAGCUCGCUCUUAACCUCUGCCACUGCAGCCGUAAUAAACUUGAUAGCCAUUAUGGUUUUGAAUAUCCUAUACAAAUGGAUUGCAAAGAAGCUGACCGAUCUUGAAUGCCCACGAACUCAAUCUGAGUACGAAGACAGUUACACGUUCAAAAUUUUCAUCUUCGAGUUUGUCAACUGCUAUUCUUCACUGUUCUACAUUGCAUUCUUCAAGGGGAAAUUCUACACUUACCCUGGUGACGACAACAUGUGGAACACAUUUUUAGGAAUUAAAGCCGACGCGUGCGAUCCGGCCGGAUGUAUUUCUGAGCUGUUCAUCCAGCUAAUCAUCAUCAUGGUCGGCAAGCAAAUUUUUAAUAACGUGAUGGAGGUCGCUAUUCCUUUCAUCCGGAAAUGGUUGGCUUCAGAUGAAAAAAUAGAUCUAUUUUUGAAAAGCCCUCAGUGGGAGCAGGAUUUCCUUUUGGCCGCCCCCUCGGACCAUUCCAUGAUCCUUUUCAGCGAGUUUAUGGAAAUGAUCUUGCAGUUUGGAUUUACGACUUUGUUCGUCGCCGCGUUCCCGUUGGCGCCGAUUUUCGCGUUGCUUAACAACGUUUUUGAGAUCAGGCUGGACGCGUACAAGAUUCUGUGCAAGUUCCAGAGACCGGUGCCGAAAAGGAUGGCGUCCCUGGGCGCUUGGUUCAGUAUUUUGCAGGCACUCACUUUCAUUGCCGUAGUUACAAAUGCUUUUGUGAUUGCCUACACAUCAGACUUCAUCCCAAAGGCGAUGUAUUUGUGGGCCGAGUCCAUCACCGGCACUCUGGAAGGCUACGUGAGAUUCACUUUAUCAGCCUUUGCGAUUGAGGAUUAUCAAGCAAACACUACUCCUCCUGAGGGAGUAACUGAGUGCCUGUACAGAGGAUUCAGAAAGCCACCUGGCGACCCACAAGAAUACGAAGUGACCCUGGAGUAUUGGCACGUAUUUGCAGCAAGACUGGCUUUUGUUGUCGUAUUUGAGCACGUUGUGAUGGGAUUGUCUGGUUUGAUCGCCUACGCCAUUCCUGAUCUGCCGUGGGAUGUUCGAGAGCAGGAGUAUUUGGAGGAGAAAAUAAUGGAGAAAGCUACGCAAAAGUACCGGGUGCACAACAACCGCUCUCUGAGCCCUUCCACAGAGGCUCUCAUAACGAAAAGCGAGGAAUACGUGAGCAGCCUUCCGGUUUGAAUGAUUGUAAUUAG